UUUCCUCAUAAGGCAAUGAACGAUGCUGGAGGGCGGACACGCAUUCCUGGUUGUCCCCUGCGCUCUGUUUCCAUUACCUCGUCGAAUGGGAGUUCGCUGCUCGCUUAAUGGACGUCAUAGAGCUCGACAUUUUAGGUGACUGGAGCACAUCCAAAGGUCCUUCACUACAAUGUCUGUUGAGGAUGUCAUCGAUGCUAUAAACGAAGGCUCGACAGCGGAAGAGAUCAAACAUUUAAUCAACGAGUACAAAAUCGAUGUUGACGAAUCCGUGGGCGAGCUACGAUUACGUGCAAUCCACCAUUCUGUAUUCAAAGACAGACUGGACUGCGUCAAGCUUUUCCUCAGUCAUGGAUGUGAUAUCAACGCACGGGACCAGUGCGGGUUUACGCCUUUACACAUCGCCGCAAGGUACAACCGUGCUGACAUGGCGAAUGAAUUGAUUACACUCGGUGCGCACAUCGAUGCGGAGGAUUCUCUAGGGUGCGCGCCACUUCACCAUGCCUUGCAGAAGGGUCACGUCAACUGCUCCGAGAUACUACUGCAACAUGGAGCAGAACCGAAUACGUUCUACAAGACGAUCGGGUAUGAGAUCCAUGCCUUACCUGGGAUAUAUUCAGACUGCUUGGAGUUGUUGCUAAGCUACGGUGCCGAUCCGGAUGUUCGAGAUACGCAAGGGUUCGUACCGUUACAUCAUGCGACGCGAGCGCGGAAUAAACUCUACGUGUACAUUCUUCUAAAAAAUGGCGCAGACCCUGAUGUACUGACGCAGGCUACUUCACCUGAGUUGCAAGGCAAGACAGCAUUGCAGAUUGCAGUCUUUACUCCAUGCAAGAGCAUCAUUGAGCUCCUGCUUCUCUAUGGCGCUGAUCCAAAUUGCAAGGACGAACAUCGCAAUACACCACUUCAUCAUGUGGCCGUCCGAGGCGAUAUCGAGAUCGCUAAAUUGCUGAUAGAGCACGGCGCCAUUCUCACUGUGCGUAACUCGCUUCGGUAUCAUCCUCUUCACAGAGCAUGCGGAGCUGGGCCCAGCCCAGAAAUGAUCGAACUGCUCCUCGAAAAUGGUGCUUUCGUCAACUCAACAACGUCACUUCUAGAAACACCAGCAAAGUGUUUGCUUUUCUAUUGGCAACAGACCAACGAGGAUACCAACAAUAAUAGUGACAGUGAGGACAAACCCGAAAUGAGAGACCGAGACGAUCGAUGUGUCCAGCAACUGUUGCGCCUUCUAGAUUAUGGGGCACGGAUUACAGUAAGCAACUGUCAACUCGACCCUUUCAGUGUUCUUAAGCUAUUGCCGUCUUUCUCGAUAAUGAAACAUACACGUUACUUGUUGCUGGAAGCCUCUGUGGACACCAAUCUCCUCAACCAAGUAGGCAAGAUACCAAAGGAAUACAAGACCGCAGAGUUCCAGGACCUUUUGGGGAGAGCGACCAACCCAGUUUCGCUGCGCCAGGCGUGCAGACGAACCAUCAGGAAAGUACUAGGAAAGAGAAAUCUCCCAGAGGCAGUGAAAAAAUUGCAGGUGCCGGCCAUCUUGCAGGCGUAUUUGAUUUUCCGAUAAUACUGUAUUAGAUCAAUAACAGAAUUGCAUAUCAAGAAUCUGCUAGGAAAAUAAUCGGGAUAAUAUACAAGUGGAGUCAAAUGUGAAGCUUAAUUCUCAACACAGACAUAACAGAAGGUAAGAUUAGAUGCCUGAUGAAUGCAUAGCCGCAGAGUUCCAAGACAUUUGUGCCUGCACCAGAUUUCACUGCACCAGGCGUGCAGACGAGUCUCCAUGAAAGAAUUAGGAAAAAGAAGUCUUCCAUAAGCAGUGAGGAAGUAACGGGUGCCGGCUUUCUUGUAAGCGUAUUAGAUUUUCUGAUCAUAUUAGAUCAUAAUUAUGAGAUUUCGCAGUCCAAUAUUAAAUACCAAUAAAACCGUAAUAGAUUUAUUGAUGACAUUGAGACUAUACGACUAGGAAACACUUAUGUACAGCUUUUGAAAAUAAAAAUUGUUAUUCAAAACAUACGAGUGCUUCAUAUCUUCUCUUCAUUAUCCCCUCCUUAUUGUUCAAUUCAAAUUCUAUGUUAUAUGUUACUGGAAUCUCAGAACACAGUUCUAUAAUUCUCUGUCCUAUUAUACAUGUAAGAUAUUUAUUUUGUGUAUUAAAUUAUUAAAUCCUCGGUCUGAGACCAUACUUUACCCUUAUUCGUUUUUGUUUUAGUUUGAAAUCAAGGCAAUACUCGAAGUACAUAUAUACGAUGAAAACCAACACUUGUGAACGACAACAUACAAGUGUUAUAAUGGAAAGAAUUAGCACUUCGUGAUAGGUUUUCUUUUCAGUGGACCAAUUCACAAUUUUAUUUAUUUCUCACUAAUCAGCAAAUUGAAUAAAGAUUGAGAAAUUGUAA